UUAGGUCGAAGACAACGGUGUCCUGAUAAUCAGGCACCAGAUUUUGCACAAGUGUUACAACCCAUAUUGACGCAAGGGAUGUGACCACCAGGUUCUUCUUCUUCUUGCUGCUUCUUGUUGAUCUUUCUCUUUGGAAAGACAGGAGGCCUUUCGUCCCUGAGCAGUGGUAUCUUCUGCCUCGGCGGGUUCCUCCAGUAGAACCAGCGUAUUAUUCUCAUGUCGGUGGUCUUGUUGUUCUUGACAGGGACAAAGACUGGCCUGAUAACUUGGAAGUCGUGAUGGUGUUGGGUAUUCAUCCUGAUGAAAUCGUAUCCAUAAGCAUAGCGAAUGACUUCAUCCAUGCUGUCGCCCCUGUUUCAGGAAAAGAAGAACACGAUCAUAUUAAGCAAAGAUUGACGAAGACACCACUUUGGUUCAAACCUUUCGAGCGGUGUGCCGUAGACGUGGUCUGGAUUUACUACCGAUGGAAGUGGAGCAACGUUUGCCUGGUACAAAGCAAAGUUGUCAUGGUGGAACUAGCAAUUCGAGGUAAAGUUUACCAGUCUCUGCUUGACUUUGAGCUUGAUUGGAUGCUCUCUUCGGUACAUUCUCUGUUCGUCUGCCCGUGUGACUUUCCUGAGAGAAGAAAGUGACGAAAAGAAGUAAAGUUUGAGUUUUGGAGUGUUGGAUCUUACAUUUUGGGAGCCUUCUUGUUCAUAGCUCGCAGAUCAGUGCCUUUGGCAGCGCUUGGGUCAGGGACGUUCUCUCGGAAGACCAUCACUGCGAGGAACCAACACCGAGAGAAUACUCGUUGAGCACUCCAUAGAUGAAGUUGUCGCUGGGAAGAUUUCUGGUGGAUCGUUUUCCCUGGAACGAGGACUGACAUGAGCAAAGACAAUGAAGAAACUUGACGCAAGAUAGAGAUGAGCUCCGGACAUUCCCCAUUCUGGGAUGAUCCGACUCGUCGUAAGUCAUGUUGCCUGGAUUCGACAUCGCGGAACAAAGCUUGAAAUCGAUCCGCCAAAGCCGACUUCUUCGACCAAUCAGCCUAUCAAAAUUUGAGAACGGGGGAAUAUGCCAUUGCGCGGCAACCAAUUGGCGCCCACUCGUAGGCGCGUCAUCCGCACCGUCCACGUGUCCAGGUGUAUCGAAUUCAAAGUUUGAAUAAAAGAAUAUACCUAAAACUGACCUAUCUCUGUUCAAGGCUUGAUAUGCUAUUUUGAUUCUAGCAAUGUGGGCUGGGAGAGAGGUGUAGGGUUCUUGGAUUCUUAUGAUCCAAGAAAUGGGGAAGAGGCGGCACCGUCUCUCGCUGGGCGGCGUGAUCUUCAGCGCCGGCGCCGUGGUUGCGCUCGUCGUUGUGCUGCUCGAGGUGUCGUCCGCCUCGAAGCCAAAGAAGGCGGCUUCCACUCGCCAGGUGCCGAUCAAUUCGGGAUUUCGGAUCGUCCGUGAGUAUCCGCACGAUGCGAAGGCAUUCACUCAGGGGCUUUUGUACCAUGGAAACAAUACACUCUAUGAAUCCACUGGGCUGCAUGGAGAGUCGUCAGUACGUGAAGUUGAUCUUCAAACGGGAGAGGUUAGAAGGAUUUAUCGUCUGCAAAGCAGGGAUUUUGGAGAAGGAUUGGCACUUUGGGAAAACAAAUUUUUACAGGUUAUUUGGCAAACUAACAAAGGAUAUCUCUACGAUGAGAAAACACUGAGUCUCCUAGGAACAUUCAAGCAUCCCAUGACGGAUGGCUGGGGAUUGACGCACGACAACAAGCAUAUCAUAGGAAGCGAUGGAAGCUCCACUUUGUACUUUCUAGACCCACACAACUUUGCAGAGAUAAGAAGAAUCACAGUUAAGGACAAUGGAGAAGCUGUGGAGCUUUUGAACGAGCUGGAGUAUGUGAAAGGAGAGAUCUGGGCGAAUGUUUGGCAGAUGAAUUCUAUUGCUCGAAUCUCUCCCAAGGACGGUAGAGUCGUAGGAUGGAUAGUUUUGGAUGCACUAAGGAAGAGCCUCAUUUCUGCUGGAAACAGGAAUAUAGACGUGCUAAAUGGCAUUGCUUGGGAUGAGGAGCAAGACCGUCUCUUCGUAACUGGCAAGUGGUGGCCAAAGCUCUACGAGAUCGUCCUGUCCCCGGAACUCUAUUAGACACGCACAAAGUAGCACAAGCAACUGCUAUGGACGGUGGUAUUAUCAAUGUACAAUUCUUUCCAAUUUUUUUUUUUUUCUCUCUCGUUUGCUCUGCUUCACAGGAGGUUCCAAGAUUGCAUUUUUAUCGAUCCAUCCAAGUCAGAAUGACGCUUCUCUCCACGACGACGCCGGGAGCACCGAACGGACAGUCUUGAGGUCCCGAAGCCAUUUGACGCGCUCGUAGCUAUCCCCGGGCGCGUCGGCGUCGCGCAGCAUGGAUCGCACCAGCGACGCCGUGACGCGCCAGGAGCAGAAGAGGAAGAUCCAGCCCAUUACCACCAGCCCCCACACGAAGAAAUCCUCCGCCGCCACCAAUCCAUCGCCGUCCUCGUCGCCCAUCAUCUCCAAGACGACGCUCUCCAUCUCCGCCAUUUGGGAUUUCUUCUCUCCCUUCCUCGUCCCAUGCCAACACGUUGCCUGGACAAAAUUUAGGGCACACGCGGCACACGGCAUAUUCUGGGACGGGAGGAAUAUUCUAGAAUAUGCUUCUGUGCCGAGGCAUAUUCGGGGAGGCCUUUUAAAAGCAGUUUCUAGAAUAUACUUUAUGGUUGGCGGGGCA